AUGAUCCACAACCAAUUACUCAGAAGAACAUCUUCUUCUGCUGUUCUUACUACCCCUACUUCCCUCCUUCAGUUAACUCGAUUUAAAUCAACUUCAUUAAAAGUAGUUUACAAUCGCGAUACCAGCAACACCAACGUUCUCGCCUUGAUGUACAAUCGUUUUUUUUCACAAAAAACCUUUGUUGGUGUUCCAUGGUCUGACAGAGACGAUUCCUUCAAGGGAACAAUUGAAUCAAGAAAGUCACUUUUGGAUACAAUUUAUACUAGACCACUUCAACAUUUACAAAAAAAAACCAAAGAGUACACCAAGCUAACUCAAAGUGGAGAUCUGUGGACGAAUCAUCACAAUGCAUUCGACUUGUCAAAGGAAAUCGAAUGGAGCAAAUUCAACAAAGACAAUCUGAAAGCAGUAGAUGAGCUUUCUGAUUUCUUAUUCGACGAGUUAUUUUUUAGUGAUUCUUACAACUCUGCAGUAUCCCAUCAAUCUGUUCAAAUAGAAGGCUAUACCCUCACCCCAAGUACCAGUAAAUCCAUCUACGAGUCGAUUAAAUCUGAAAUAGUAUCUUUUCCUUGUGUAGAUAUCCCAACAUUGGUCGAUAGAGUCAUUCAAGAGAAUCCAAGCUUAAAGAGUACACCAGAAGAGGUGACAAUGUUUUGCAGAAACAUUGUCGCUCAAAAGACGAUUCUCAAAAUAGAUGGUUUAACAGAGGAAAAGGUUAAAAGCAUCCACAGUUUAUUAGUUGAUGAUGAUGACCCCCAAUCCGUUUCUAUUAAUACUAACACUCAGUCUGUCUCUAACACAGAACGGCAAAACUGCACAAAAUAA